AUGAAGUACGCACUUAUCUCUGGAGGCACCGGUGGCAUUGGCACCGAGUUGUGCCGCUCGUUCGCCAGACGCGGCUACCAAGUAAUCGCUACUGCUCCCCCCGGUUACGAAGGCGAAUUGGAGGUGUUGAAAAAGGAGUGUGGCGUCAUCCCCGUGGUGCUGGAUGUGGCCAACCUCGACGAUAUCAAAAAGCUAAAGAAAAUCGUCGAGGCCGAGACCGGCGGCCGCCUCGAUAUCCUCUAUAACAACGCUGGCAUUGCCGUCGGCGGGCCCGCGGUGGUGUUUGACGACGACGCCGUGGCCAAGCUCUACCAGGUGAAUUUGCUUGGCCACAUCUACAUGACGAAAUACAUGCUGGAGUUCGUGAUCAACGCUCAAGGCGCCAUUAUCUACACCGCCCUGGUGGCGGCGAGAGUGCCGUUGACGUGGUGUGCCCACUAUAACGCGACCAAAGCGGCUAUCGACCACUACGCCAAGACGUUGCGUGGAGAAAUGGCACCAUUUGGCGUGAGGGUGUACCUGAUUAUUACUGGCGGGGUCGACACUCCCAUCAGUGGUCGCAACCCGGCCGCUAAACAGAAGAUGGUCGACAUGGUGAUGGCGCUGCCGUUUGCCGUGCCGGAAUUGGAAGAGACGAUGCGGGCCACCAGUCUGAUGACGAACAAGACGUGGCCGCCGAAACGGUACGCCGAGCUGGUGGUGGCGGAGAUCGAAAGCAGAACGCUGUCGUUCAACAUCUACCGGGGCCAGGCGGCGUACUUGCUCCAUUUUAUUGGACGCUACAUCCCGUUGUGUGUCCAGAACUACCUUUUGGCAAAGAAGUUCCGGGCGUUGGAAGUGUACCGGGCCCUCAGAGAAAAGACUAAGCGGCUUCAGCAACAACAGCGGCAAAAGUAG